AUGGCCUCAAACAAGCAAUCAAAUUAUAUCCGAAAAGAACGAAUUCCAGUUUCAUCUGCAAUUCCUUCGGCAAAAUUAGGACUAUCUUCACUUCCUCGUCGUCCCGCGCCAGCACAACCAUCUGGUCAAAGUGAAAGUCUUUUAACAAAUCAUUUUCCAUGUGAAUUUGAGAAAAAUCUUCCACUACAUCAAUAUGAUGUAACCAUUGAAGAACUCGGCUCUCGUUCUGGUGAAUGGUAUGAAGUCAAAGGUCGGGCACGGUGUGCUUUACUUAUGCAAACGAUUGUAUCUAAUGGUGGAUUUGGUUCGAAUGUUAUUGUUUGGUACGAUGAGCAAAAGUGUUUAUAUAGCACAUCGCAGUUAUCGUCACCAAUACUAAUUCAUGGUUCAGAUGGUCAAAGUCGACUGAAUAUCAAAUCAUUGGCUAAUCAAUGGUCAACGAAUGAUAUUGAAAAUUAUAUUGCCGGUCGAGCAACGGAGUAUCCAUAUGAUGCGGUACGCAUUCUUGAAACACUCUUAAAAAAAUCACUUCAAGGUCAAAUUCAAGUGGUCAAUAACAAUUGUUAUUUCUUGGAUGAGGUAGCGAAACCUGUAGGUGGCGGAUUUUACGAACGAUUUGGUUUUGUUCAAUCACUGAAUCUUGCAGCACGUCGCAUAACACUUAGUGUUCAAACAAAAUUAACAACAUUUUAUCCUGAAAUGUCUCUUUUGGAUUUUGUUCAUACACAUAUUGGUGGCAAACGAGUACCAAAUGAGUAUGAAUGGAAAAAAUUAAACAGAGCAUUAAAAAAUUGUUCAAUUGUUACACAACAAUCAAACUGGAAACAAGUGUUUCAAAUUGAUCAAUUUGAUAAGCGACGACCAAGUGAAAUUAAAAUUGAAUCUGGUGAAACAUUAAUCGAAUAUUUCAAGAAUAAAAAAAAUAUUCGACUCGUCCAAACAAAUUAUCCUUGUGUUCAAGUUUAUCUUCCGAAUGAAUAUGACAAGCCAUGCCAUUUACCUUUGGAAGUUUGUCGUAUUCAAGCAUGGCAAGUCUAUGAUAAACCAUUAUCUAAAGCACAAGAAGCUCAACAACCUCGAAAAUACAUUCCAAAGCCUCACGAACGUUAUGCUGCAAUUAUGAACAUGUUGAAAAAAUGCGAUUACAAUUCACGAUCGAAUCGGCUUUGUCGUGAAGUCGGCUUUAGCAUUGAUGACAGUCAAAUGCUACGAUUAAAUGCUAGAGUUUUGACUCAACCACAGAUUCACACAGGUCUUAAUUCAAGCGCAAAUGUUCGCAUUGGUCGUAUUCCUCUUGAUGGACAUUUAUUUACACCGAAACCAUUAUCAGCUUUGUCUAUUACAUACUUCGGCAAUGAUAUUGAACGAGACAGAAAUUCAAUGAAGGCAUUUGCUGAGACAUUAUUACAGGUAAUGAAGAAUUAUCAUGUUAAUGUUCAGUAUCGAAAACAUACUAUAUCACCUACGAUUGAUAAAAUAACUGAGCAUUUUCAUUCGAUGAAUGAACAGAAUUGCCAGUUUGUCAUUUGCGUUAUGGCUGGAAGAUCCGAAGAGGAUCUUAAACAACUUAAAGCUGACAUCAAAGAUUGUGGAACAAUUAAAUACGGUAUCAUGACGCAAUGUGUUUUACUUUCGAAAGUUGCAACGAAUCGUUCAUUACCCGGCUAUUGUGAAAAUUUGAUCCGAAAAAUUAAUUUUAAAAAUUCUGGAAUUAACACAAAAGUUAAUUUAAAUCAAGCAUUAAAAAACAAGAAAUCCACAACUGAUGCUUAUAUGUUUUUCGGCGCAGAUGUUAUUCAUCCAACAAAUGUAACGCGUCAACACCCGUCUAUUGCAGUUGUGGUUGGCUCGUGUGAUUCAUUAUGUUCAACAACAGCUGUACGUGUUUGUCAACAAUUUCCAAAAGAAGGAAAAUGUUCGAUUGAAACGAUUAUUGGCAUGACGGAUAUGGUCGAGCAAUUGUUAGAUAAUUAUCGCCAAUUGAAUAAAAUCUUACCGAAUAAAGUUGUUUUCUAUCGGGAUGGAGUUGACGAUGGUCAAUUUGGUAAAAUUAUUGCACAUGAGAUUCCUGCCAUUCGAGACGCUUUUAAUCGCAUUUAUGGUGAUACAGACAAUCAUCCAAAGCUAACUUUGAUUGUCGUAAAAAAACGUCAUAACACACGAUUUUUUAAUCAAAAUCCAUCAACUAAGGAGGUGAAGAAUAUGAGUAUUGGGACAGUCAUUGAUACAACUAUCGUGCAUCCGUAUCAAAAUAAUUUUUAUCUUAACUCCCAUAAUGCAUUCCAAGGUGUUAAUCAUCCAUCACUUUAUCAUGUAUUAUUGGAUGAAAUAGGUUUUACUGCAGAUGAAUUACCACUAUUAACAUAUCAUUUAUGUUUUACGGAUCCUCGAUCAUCGGCUUCUGAAGCUAUUCCAUCGGUCGUACAUCAAGCCGAUAUAGCGGCGUUGAAAGCACGAGAUUUAUUUUAUGAUGAUGAACGCUCAUCAGCAACGAGUGUUGGUGGACGAAGUCAACCGCUACGAGAUCCACAACUAAGUGAUUUAGAUUUUAAAAUUCUCGAGGUACAUGAGAAUCUUAAAAAUCGGCCAAUAUUUGGCUAA